UGCCAUCAAGCUUCUUCCGUUUGGCCUUCAAAUACACAUCGUUCCUUUACAUUCAGCCCUUCUUCUGCAUUUUUUAUCUGAUCUACCCCUCUCUCUCUCUCUCUCUUUUACCCUGUUUCCACCACUCUCUCUCUAGAGAUCUCUCCAAGAUUGAAAUGGAAUUUGAAGAUCGUUACAGACAAGGGCAGGGGCCCAAAUUCGAUUGCCUCCUUUUCGAUCUGGACGACACUCUCUAUCCUAUGAGCUCUGGUUUGGCAAAGGAAGUCCUCAAGAACAUUGGAGAUUAUAUGGUGAAGAAGCUUGGAAUUGAGAAGGAGAAAGUCCCUGCCUUGUGUGAUCUACUUUACAAGAAUUAUGGAACCACCAUGGCUGGCCUAAGGGCUAUCGAGUACGAAUUCGAAUACGACGACUAUCACGGUUUUGUACAUGGAAGGUUACCAUAUCACAAUCUCAAGACUGAUCCCAUCCUCAGAAACCUCUUGUUCAACAUGCCCCAGAGAAAACUUAUAUUCACAAACGCAGAUAAGAACCAUGCUGUAAAAGCACUAAACAUGCUUGGGGUUGAGGAUUGUUUCGAAGGGAUUAUAUGUUUUGAGACCUUGAAUCCCUCUAAGAACUAUGAAGACGAAGAUGAAGACGAUAGAGAGAUUAAUCAUUCGAGGAAUGAGCCCUUUGACAUUCUUCAAUUCUCAUCUCAGCCAUCUUCUCUCUCUCAGUUGCCUAAAACACCUAUCCUUUGCAAGCCCUCUAUAGAUGCCUUUGAUGAAGCUCUAAGGAUUGCCAAUAUUGAUCCCCAAAGAACGAUUUUCUUUGAUGACAGCCCUAGGAACAUUCUAUCCGCAAAGAGAGCAGGACUCCACACCGUGCUGGUGGGAAACUCAGUGAGAAGCAGAGGUGCCGACCACGCUUUAAAGAGCAUUCACAACAUUAGAGAGGCUCUGCCUGAGCUCUGGGAAAGCGAGAAGAUGGAUGAAACUGUUAAAUAUCCCAGUGGCAAAGUUGCCAUUGAGACCCCUGUAACUGCUUAGAAAGAGAGAGCCAUAUAUUGUGAGGAGAGAGCAUGUCCAUUUUUAUUUUUCUUUUUCUUUCUUUCCCUUUGUUGUAGAUGGUUUGAUCCUUGAUAAAUAAAUAGGCUAUUUAUCUUC